AUUCAUCAGUCAAUCGUGAGUCGUUUGAGCCAUAGGACUGUUCGUCUCGACGACAACGUUUGCGCUUAUAUUGUCUGUCGGGAGCGACUGAUGAAAAAGUGUUUAAGAAACCCGAGAGGGCUUUCGUGAACGUUGCUUUAAGUGAAAGUGGCUGCAGCACGUGCCAGCGUAUACUUCGAGAUCGCGAGAGUCGCGAUAUUCAAUUGAAAUCCAUUGGAAAAUCGAUAAAUCAAUGAAAUUCAGAUACAAAAAAUCCGAUAGAUUGCACAUGAAAUGAAAACGAUUUUUCAAAAAUUCAUCCACAAAUCACAAUAGGAAAUGGGAGAAUGAAUCGUAGUACCAAUUGAGUGUACCAAUUGAGAGUGUGAGAAACAAUAUUGCUUCAGCGACCAGAACUAAUCUGAAUGGAUUGUGAUUUCGCGAUUUCGUUGUCUUAACCCAAAAGAAGAAAAUGUUUGGGAAACAGUCAAUAUUUAUGAUUUAUGUCGUAUCGUGUUCACUUCUCAUCGAUCUUGGACAAUGUGACCCUCGCCAGUCAACAGUCGUUAGUCAAUCGAAGGCUAACGACAAAUUUCGUGUACUCGGUGUGUUCGGACAUCCUGGCAAGAGUCAUUUUGACGUAUUUCGGCCCUUGCUCGAAGAGCUAGCGAGAAAAGGUCACGACGUUACGGUGAUAUCAUAUUUUCCUCGUGACGAUCGAACGAGUUCACCUCUACCGAAUUACCAUGAUAUUAGUCUGAGGAACCAAACGUCUGAUGUUUUUUUAAACGUGGUCGAUCUCACGAUGAUACAACAUUCGCCAAUCAGCGUCUUCCUGGAACUGAUACUCUUGCGAUCUUGGGGGCUUAAGGCCUGUUCCGAUGGUCUGUACAAUCCGGGAGUUCGAAAGCUCAUUAAAUCGGAUGCCAAAUUUGAUGUUAUGAUAACCGAGGCCUUUAACAGUGACUGUUUUUUGGCUUUGGCACAUCGCUUUAACGUUCCAUUCAUCAGUUUUUCGUCGCACCAAUUGAUGCCAUGGGUUAACGGACGCUUCUCGAACGAGGAUAAUCCGAGUUACAUCCCUAGUAUAUUCAAUGGGUUCGGUCCGUCGAUGACAUUUUUCGAAAGAGUUAUCAACACUCUGACUUUACCGGUGAUCAAGCUUGCAUACAAAUAUGGAUUCAUUCCCGCCAUGCAGAAUAUCGUGCACGAUGUUUUCGGUCCGGAUGUUCCAGCGUUGAGCGAAAUCGCCAAAAAUUCAUCGCUCGUACUCGUCAACACUCACUAUUCCCUUCACGGCUCAAAACCCAAUCUUCCGAGUGUCAUCGAACUCGGAGGUAUUCACAUCUCACCCAAUGUGAAACCGUUGCCGGAUGACCUCCAACGCUUCCUUGACGAAGCCAAAGAGGGGGUCUUGUAUUUCAGCCUCGGUUCUAUGAUCAAAGCGUCAACUAUGCCAAAGGAUAAACUACAAAUGAUUGUCAACGUUUUCCGCGAUAUACCGAGGAAGGUCAUUUGGAAAUGGGAAGCUGAGGACAUGCCGAAUAAGCCGAAGAAUCUGCUUAUUCGACAUUGGCUACCCCAGGUCGCUAUACUUCAACAUCCGAAUGUCAAAUGUUUCAUGGCACACGGCGGUCUGUUGGGGUUGUCCGAGAGUGUGUGGGCGGGGGUCCCGAUGAUCGCCAUACCGAUGUACGGUGAUCAAUUUUACAAUGCAGCAGCAGCGAAAGCGCGUGGAGUUGCUGAGGUUCUCCGGUGGAAUGAUUUGACGGAGAGAGAUCUUCGUCAAGCUGUCGAUCGUGUUUUCAACGAUUCGGGAUAUAGUUUGAGAGCUCGGGCUCUCGCGAAGGCUUAUAACGAUCGGCCGGAGAGCCCCUUGGAGACUGCGGUUUGGUGGACCGAAUAUAUCGCACGUGGAAAUGGGAUACCAUACUUGAGAAGCGCAGCGCAGGAUCUAACAUGGUAUCAAUAUUAUCUUCUCGACGUCGUUUUCAUAACGAUGGCCGUAGUGACGUCGAGCAUUUUCAUCGUGUCUCGCUUGGUUCGAUAUAUUUUCAAGAGUCAAAAUCGUCACGAGAAAAAAACGACUAAGAAAGAGUAGACAAAAGCUUUGUGCUCUGGUGUACGGUAUUUCGAAAGGACUCUUUUCCAUACUGUUGAACAAUAUCCAACUGAUUACUGUACACUUAUCCUGAUAUAGAAUUUUUAAAUUUUCCGAAAAUGGAAAAAAUGUUAUGGCUACGAGAUUAUGUGUAUUUUAAUAAAUAAAUUUUAUCAUUUUUAAUUGUAUGAUUCCAAUGUUAAUUGAAACGAAUGCAAGCUUUCCAUUCGUUUUUGUCGCAAUGAGAAUUGUAAGAGUACGAAUGCUACUCACGUCAGUCUUGGUAGUCGAAAGAACUGAAGAAUGCAUUAAACAGUAAAUUAAUUUGGAUCCUUUA